AUGGUACCUCCAACAGUAGAAGCGUCUUUAGAGUCUCCACAUACUAAGUCUUACUUUUCGCCUGUGCCAACAGCGCUCUUGGAACAGAAUGUUUCACCAGUGAUAAUGGGUAUCGAUGAAGCUGGCAGAGGGCCCGUGUUAGGGCCAAUGGUCUACGCAGUAGCCUACUCCACACAGAAAUAUCAGGACGAAACCAUUAUACCUAAUUACGAGUUUGACGACUCUAAAAAACUUACAGAUCCCAUCAGAAGAAUGCUGUUUUCCAAGAUGUACGAGGACAACGAAGAACUGACCCAGAUCGGCUAUGCAACCACAUGCAUCACACCAUUAGAUAUCUCUAGAGGAAUGAGCAAGUUCCCGCCAACAAGAAAUUACAAUUUGAAUGAGCAAGCGCACGAUGUGACAAUGGCUCUCAUCGACGGCGUGAUAAGGCAGAACGUAAAGCUGGGUCACGUGUAUGUGGACACUGUUGGACCACCAGCGUCCUAUCAGAAGAAAUUGGAGCAACGAUUUCCCGAUGUCAAGUUCACAGUCUCCAAGAAGGCAGAUUCACUCUACUGUAUGGUCAGUGUAGCGAGUGUUGUUGCAAAAGUGACCAGAGACAUACUAGUGGAAUCCCUAAAGAGAAAUCCCGAUGAGGUCCUGGGCUCUGGAUACCCCUCCGACCCGAAGACAGUGACAUGGCUGAAGCGCAACCAGACAAGUCUUAUGGGAUGGCCUGCCAACAUGGUAAGGUUUUCGUGGCAGACAUGCCAGACUCUGUUGGACGAUACCACUAAAGAUAGUAUCCUUAUCAAGUGGGAAGAACAAUACAUGGAUAGCAGAAAGAACGCCGCACAAAAAACCAAGCAAUUGCAGCUCCAGAUGGUGGCCAAGCCUGUUAGGAGGAAGAAGCUGAGAACCCUGGAUAAUUGGUAUCAGUGA